CUUAACUCCAAAGCCCUUCGUCUCUCUCGCCCACCCUUGUCCUGCCCCUGCGUUCGAGAGGGAUGAUACCUCUUCGAGCCGUCAGGCGGCUCCUCUUCUCCUCUCCCGCCCUCUCCUCCUCUUCGACAACCAAGCUCAAUCUCAUACCUUUAGCUCGCUUCUCCGCCACCCAGCCCCAUCCCGAUGACCACUCCAUUGCCGAAGAGUCGCCGGACUUUGACAGCAGAGAGUUGUCCUUACCCUACUCUCCCUCCCCAUCGCCGGCCCCUGAACGAACCCCUACCUGGAACGAGGCCUAUCGUGCUAAGGCCGACCAAGUGCUGUACGGCCGCCCAAAUCCCACCACGGCUGCGGUGAAGCAGAAGGAAGUAGAAAAGGAGGAGGACAAUGAAAGGGCGACUAUUCUCGCCAGAGCUCUCCUUGAGGCUGCACUUGCACCUCCCGAUGAUGUUGAGGAUGAGGAUUUGAUCGUGAAGGAGGAAGAUCAACGCUCGCUUUCGGUUGGGAUUAUUGGCGCUCCCAAUGCUGGGAAGUCAUCCUUGACCAAUUUCAUGGUUGGAGCAAAAGUUGCUGCUGUUUCAAGGAAGACUAACACAACCACUCACGAAGUGUUGGGAGUGAUAACCAAAGCAAACACUCAGAUAUGUCUAUUUGACACUCCAGGCCUCAUGAUUGGGCACCAUGGAUACCCUUACAAGACAGAUGUAAAAGUUCGUGUGGAAAGUGCUUGGAGCUCUAUUGAACUAUAUGAUUUACUGAUAGUAAUUUUUGAUGUCAACAGGCAUCUUACCAUGCCUGAUACUAGGGUUACAAAGUUAAUUAGCAGACUAGGAGCACAGGCUCAGGUCAAGCAAAAACGAAUUUUAUGCAUGAACAAAGUUGAUCUUGUUGAGGACAAGAAAGACUUGUUAAAAGUUGCCAAAGAAUUUGAAGAUCUUCCAGGAUAUGAGAGAUACUUCAUGAUAUCUGGACUAAAUGGUUCAGGAGUGAAAGAUCUUGUACAAUAUUUGAUGGAUCAGGCCGUGAAAAGACCUUGGGAUGAAGAUCCUAUUGUCAUGAGUGAGGAAAUGAUGAAAAAUAUAUCUUUGGAGGUCGUUCGAGAGAAAAUGCUUAACCAUAUCCAUCAAGAAAUCCCAUAUGUCAUUGAUCACUGCUUGAUGGACUGGAAAGAACUAAGAGAUGGUUCACUUCGGGUGGAGCAGCACUUCAUUACCCCAAAAGAAAGGCAACGACAGAUUCUUAUUGGAAAGAAUGGCUCUAAGAUAGGGAGAAUAGGCAUAGAAGCAAAUGAGGAGCUGAGAUCUAUUUUUAAAAGAGAGGUGCAUCUCAUUCUUCGAGUUAAAGUAGCUAAAAAGAAGGGCGGCUGAAGCCAUCCUGGUGACAUUCAGCAGCUUUGCAGUCCAUGUGGCUACUUUGACACUGCACAGUGUCAUAUAUUAAGGUUUAGACAGAUUCAUAUCUUGAAUUACACGUCUACGACGAAGCCUGUCACAGUGGGUGUGCUCUUGAAUCUGCUCUAGCUGGUAUGAUGAAUCAAAGCUUUUGCAAAUAAAGGAGCUAGUGAACCAGUCUCCUCUAGUCACUUGAAGUUGUCCAAUGAGAGUUCAUGAGUGAAAUCAGUGAUUCAUCUCAUAUUUGGCUAUCAGGAACUGUUUUGUAUCGGCUCUAUGAUCUGUUUGGCGAGAAAAACAUCCUUCCUAAAUUUUCGACUGAGUCUUUGCUGGAGAUCUAAUUGCAGUACUUGGUGUAUACUUUCUUUCAUAGUAUAAGCUAUCUCUUGAUAAAUCCCUCAGAAUAUGUUGGUAUAGUUGAAUAGCAAUAUAUAGCACUUUGUCAUAAACUUAUUGUCCGAACUGUGUAUCAUGAAAAGAGCUCACAUUUAUUAUUAUUAUUAUUAUUAUUUU